ACUGCGUGCGCGUUUGGUGUUGCAGAGCGCCCCCGGCCACCGCUCUACGGGUAUGACGUGGUUGGCGCGGACGCGACUCAAGCGGACCCCGAAGCCCAUGAGCCCGGAGACGGAGCUGCGCCAACGGGGAGCCGCCAGUGCACGUUGUACUUAAUCAGGUCAUAGAAGAGGAAGCAACAUGGCUACGAUAGAAGGAAGACCAGCCCAGUAUGGGGUCUCCCUCAAGCAGCUGCGGGAAAUUAUGGGCCUGCCAGCUGCAGAGGCGAUCCCCAAACUUGAAGAACUGGGAGGUGUACAAGAGUUAUGUAAAAAACUCUACACCUCCCCUAAUGAAGGUUUAACUGGGUCAGCAGCUGACAUGGAACAUAGGAGAGAAACAUUUGGUUCCAAUGUAAUACCCCCAAAACCACCUAAGACUUUUCUUCGGUUAGUCUGGGAAGCUCUUCAAGAUGUUACACUAAUUAUUUUAGAAAUUGCCGCAUUAGUCUCAUUGGGGUUAGCAUUCUAUUCUCCUGCAGAUGAAACAGGAGGAGCAGGAGGCAAAGGGCCAGAAGACGAAGGAAAGCAUGGCUGGAUUGAAGGUCUAGCUAUCCUUAUAUCAGUUAUUGUUGUUGUGCUGGUAACAGCUUUUAAUGAUUACACUAAAGAGAGACAAUUCCAAGGACUGCAAAGCAGAAUUGAAGGAGAAAAUAAGGUCAAUGUAAUUAGGCAGGGUGAACUCAAACAAAUACCAACAGGUGAUAUAGUAGUAGGUGAAAUAUGUCAGAUAAAAUACGGAGACCUCCUUCCAGCUGAUGGAAUACUUAUUCAAUCUAAUGAUCUGAAGAUGGAUGAAUCAUCUCUGACUGGAGAGUCUGAUCAUGUCAAAAAGAGUGAAAAGCAUAAUCCAUUUAUUUUAUCAGGAACUCAAGUAAUGGAGGGCAGUGGUAAAAUGCUAGUCACGGCGGUUGGUGUCAACUCACAAGCUGGUAUCAUAUUUGCUUUGCUCGGCGCAGCUGCUGAAGAAGAUCAGAAACAGAAGAAGGAAAUGAGGAAAGAUGCUAAAAAGGCGCGGAAGAAGCAGAGUAUAACAGGUGGUGAGGAGGAAGGUAUGACUGGCAACAGUCAUAUGCAUGCCCCUGGAUCCCAUGCUGAUGGUAAUCAUGCUGCCAAGUCUGAAGAGAACCAUACCGGCGGAGGCACUCCCGCGAAGGAUGAAGGAAGCAAAAAAGAGAAAUCUGUUUUGCAAGCUAAACUCACCAAGCUUGCCAUUCAAAUUGGAUAUGCUGGCUCAACGGUGGCGUUUGUGACUGUGGUCAUUCUAGUCAUUCAGUUCUGUAUACACAAGUUUGUAAUUCAAAACCAACCAUGGAAAGCAGUUUACGCCAAUGAAUUUGUGAGACAUCUUAUCAUUGGUGUUACUGUUCUCGUAGUAGCUGUCCCUGAAGGUCUUCCGUUAGCUGUAACACUUUCCCUUGCUUAUUCUGUGAAGAAAAUGAUGAAAGAUAACAACUUGGUGCGACAUUUGGAUGCCUGUGAAACUAUGGGCAAUGCCACUGCCAUUUGUUCUGACAAGACUGGAACACUCACCACAAACAGAAUGACCGUUGUGCAGUCCUACAUCUGUGAGAAACUGAGUAAAACUACUCCACGAUUUUCUGAUAUUCCACCUAAUGUUGCUAACUUGAUGAUCCAAGGAAUGUCGAUCAAUUCAGGAUACACAUCGAAAAUUAUGGAACCAAAUGCACCUGGGGAACCAAUGAUGCAAGUUGGUAAUAAAACUGAGUGCGCCCUCCUUGGCUUUGUGGUUGCUCUUGGCAAGAACUAUCAAACAAUUCGAGAUGAUGUUCCUGAAGAAAUAUUUACUAGAGUCUACACCUUCAACUCAGUGCGGAAAUCCAUGAGCACUGUGGUUCCAAGGAAAGGUGGUGGCUACAGACUGUUUACCAAGGGAGCAUCUGAAAUCAUUCUGGGAAAGUGUUCUUUCAUUUAUGGUCGCAAUGGUCAUUUGGAGAAAUUCACAAAAGAGAUGCAGGACAGGCUGGUUCGUCAAGUUAUUGAGCCGAUGGCAGCUGACGGACUCAGAACAAUAUCCAUAGCAUACCGUGACUUUGUGCCAGGAAAAGCUGAAAUCAAUCAAGUUCACUUUGAACAAGAACCUAACUGGGAUGAUGAAGCAAAUAUUGUUAGCAAUUUGACGGCAAUAUGCGUUGUUGGUAUUGAAGAUCCAGUUCGGCCUGAGGUACCAGAGGCUAUUCGCAAGUGCCAGAGAGCUGGUAUCACUGUCAGGAUGGUUACUGGAGACAACAUUAACACUGCCCGAUCCAUUGCUAUGAAAUGUGGUAUUAUCAAACCUGGUGAUGAUUUCCUUAUUUUGGAAGGCACUGAUUUCAAUCGGAAGAUUCGUGAUGCCAAUGGAGAUGUUCAGCAACAUCUUUUGGACAAAGUAUGGCCCAAAUUACGAGUUCUGGCUAGGUCCUCACCAACUGACAAGUUCACUCUUGUGAAGGGCAUAAUUGACAGUAAAGUUUCUGAAGCUAGAGAAGUUGUGGCUGUUACGGGUGAUGGUACCAAUGAUGGCCCGGCCCUUAAAAAAGCUGAUGUCGGUUUUGCUAUGGGUAUUGCUGGAACAGAUGUUGCCAAGGAAGCAUCAGAUAUCAUUCUUACUGAUGACAAUUUCAGCAGCAUAGUGAAAGCUGUUUUGUGGGGCAGAAAUGUGUAUGACAGCAUAGCUAAAUUUCUGCAGUUCCAGUUGACUGUUAAUGUUGUUGCUGUUAUUGUAGCUUUUGUUGGUGCUUGUGCUGUUCAGGACAGUCCUCUCAAGGCUGUUCAAAUGUUGUGGGUUAAUCUUAUCAUGGACACUUUGGCUUCAUUGGCACUGGCCACUGAGUUACCUACUGCAGAUCUACUGUUACGGAAGCCCUACGGCCGAACAAAGCCCCUUAUUUCAAGGACUAUGAUGAAAAAUAUUCUUGGACAGGCUGUUUAUCAACUCUCUGUUGUAUUUUCCCUUCUUUUUGUCGGUGACAGACUACUGGACAUCAGAUCAGGCCAAGAUAGUAAAGGUGAAGAUACCCAGCACUUCACUGUAAUUUUUAACACCUUCGUCAUGAUGACCAUGUUCAAUGAAAUAAACGCUCGAAAAAUUCAUGGCCAGAGAAAUGUAUUUGAGGGCUUCUUCACAAAUCCCAUCUUCUAUUCAAUCUGGAUUGGUACAGUUGCUGCUCAGGUGGUCAUCAUCCAAUAUGGUAAAGAAGCAUUUUCUACAAAGAGCCUAAGUUUUGACCAAUGGCUCUGGUGUGUAUUCUUUGGAUUUGGAACUCUUGUGUGGGGACAACUCGUAACUACAGUGCCCACUCGGAAGAUACCAAAGAUCUUCUCAUGGGGUCGAGGUCAUCCGGAUGAAUACACAGAAGCCAUCAACCUUGGUGACGAGAGGUUUGAUGACAGUGAUAAAAAGCCUCGAGGACAGAUCCUAUGGAUCAGAGGACUAACAAGACUUCAGACUCAGGUGAUAGGUGGUGAAUUGCAAGAGCGUUUGAUUCCGGUCCCAUACAGCAAGAGUUCAACCGAUCAAGCUGUAAGCUGCCUUCCUAUAAUCUUUCUUGUUCGCUCGCUCGCUGCCUGCUCGCUCGAUAUGCAUUGCGCUACACUACAUUUGUGUGUGGUUAAUAUCUUUGGGAUUUACCUAAGAUUGAGACUAUACAUGUAGUCAUGCCGCGAAGCAUUGCACUAUUUCGAAACUCACAUGGUAGUCUCAAAUGGACUGACCCCAUCUAUCCUGUGAGUUUCGUACCUAAAUAUGCCCUGCUUUGGGUGUUAUUUUAUCCUUUUCUUUUGUUUGGAGUGUUGAAUCAAGGGUUUUAUAUUAUGGUAGCUUUAGCCACUUAAUUUUUAAUCUCAUCCAGUUUUUCAAAUUUGAUUAAUAACUUCAUGAAUCCAAUCUUUUAAUGAAUUUUGUGUGGAAAAUAUCUUAAACUCUAACCAUAGGGAUUUUUAAAAAUACAUAUGCAUGUUCCUUUGACCUCAGCUCUCUGCCUCCUAUUUUCUUUAGCAUCCUGUUAGUUCUUUUUCUUCCUGUCUCUGCCCCAGAAGCAUGACCAGCCAACGAGGCUGUGCGCAGCUGUGCGCCACUCACUAAUAAGAACAUAAUUCAAGCGCACACUUCGCUUUCGUUGUUGCAUUUACUCCACAGUUUCAGAGCUUUCCGAUCAGGCCAUUUUCAUGCAUGGUUUGAAUACUUAAAAGAAGCCCUUUGGGCUUUGCCAUGUGUUGUUGCCUGUGUUGUGUGAUUCACAAUUGGCCACUGUAAUGAAAUGUUCAGUAUUAUGUGGCCAGAUAUUCAUUCUCAACUUCAUACAUUCCUGAUAAUUGUUGGAAGUAUGCUUGCAAUUUUUACACUAAGAUUUUGCUUAAUAUAUAAUUAACCUAAGAUGUCCCUAAUUUGAGAAACAGGUUUUAAUUAACUGUUUUGGAUGUUUGUGAGGAUGUAUGUUGUUAAUUUGAAUGUUAAUUUUGUGUGUGUGACUGUGUGAGAGAUCUGUGAGAAUGUUACCUGAUGCGGCUGAGCAGUAGAGCAUGUCAGUCAGCUAUAUACGGGAAGGUCUGGGACAGGAUACCAUUAAUGAUAAUGAUAAAAGACUCUGUCUUUCUCUUCUUUGAACAAGCCAGUUUUCACUGGUGUCUCAAAAUGUUAAUGAAUUUCCUGACUUCAGUGGCCCUGUCAUGAUGUCCUACCCGUAUGUGUUACAUCAGGGUUGCUACAAAUGUCAUGAUUGAAGUGAUGUUACAAGGUUAGACAAAAUUAGAAGAUUGGGAGCAGUGUUUUCUAGUUGAAUUUGAGCCUCAGGAAAUUGACUAAGUAUUAUCAUAACUGAGAGAGGAAAGUCCUUGAUGAAAAUUCUUUAUAUAAUGAAAAUUUAAUUUUGUUGCUAAUUAACAAACGGGUGCAACUUGCAUUUGCCUACCAAUUUUCUGGAAAUAUCCAGCUUUUCCACCACCUACCAUUCAUAUUUAAUACUCAUGAGAGACAUCUGACAACCUAUUUUACAUAAGUGUUGCGUCCUUUUUUCUCUGAGGUGUCUAACUGCUAAGGGUAAUGUAGCAGCCCUGAUUUGUGUUUUUUAGCUACAGGGUAUUUAGAUGCAGAAUUCAAUAAUGAAUAUAGAAUGCUAUUUAGUUAUGUUGAACAUGUGAGCCUAUGGUGUUAAUGAUCAUGUAUUAGUUGCGUUUUAAUUGUGUAUUAUUGUACCAGUGUUAAUUUCUUUGCUACACUUAUUUAUAUGCUGGCUGUAUUUUUCUACUAAUUUAUGUAAUUUAAAGGUUUAGUUAAGCUUAAUAAAAGCAUAAGCUGUACAAAGGAAAGUGCCAUGUGAUUGUGUUGCUUUGCUCCCAGAGUGAGGAUGAUGUGACUGCAUGUGUACAAUCACAGCAAGAAUAAUGCUUUUGCAGUGCAUGUCCCUUCAGUUCAAUUAAUUUUGCUCAGGAAAGUCUAAUUUUUCGUGUGCCACUGCAUUAAAUACCUUAAUUAAUAUUUACAUUUUCGGGGUUACAAUUCUUAGUCACCUUAUGGCCUCUCGAAAAUGGUGCAUGUGCACAUGUCAAACAAGGACAUUUCCUUUCUUUUUCUGAAGGUUUCUUAUUAUAUUGGUGAAGCUUGUCACACAUUAGAUGCUGUAAUCUAGAGCACGUUUUGCAUACUUUCAGUCUCUUACAAUGGAGGUGUAUAAAUCUGCAAUGUGUUAGUUCCUCCAGUUCCAUUUAUGGCCAGUUCUGUGCCAAACUUGCACACAUUCCUCAGUACGAAAGUUUCCUGAGCUAGCAUUAUUCUGGUUGAUCACUAUUAUAGUUUAAAUAUCUGAUGUACUUAUGCAUGUGCAUUGCCAUCUGCAAUGCCUGCUAAAUAUUUUUGGUCAAAGAAAACAGAUGUUAAGUGGUAAUGUGAUGUUUGAUUUUUAUUUUGUUGAUUAAUGUUCAUGCAUGAUUGUUGGUCUUUUUUUUUUUUUUACAUUUUUCAUUAAAUGGUGUAAAGUGGAAGUAACCCCUAGAAAACUCUAGCAUUUACUUACAAGUGUUAUUAAAGAAUCAGUAAUUGGAAUGAGCAAGAAGCACAUGCUUUUAGCUGUGCUUAAUGUGACACUUUUAGCUCUAUCAAGUCCACCAUUUGACCUUAUUAACUAAUGUUUAGAUCAAUGGUGUGUGAGGAUCCCUCACCGACAUCCGUAGGAAUACUCAAUUCGAACUAAUUGUAAAUAUAUUUUACAAAGUAGGACUUUGCUUUGAUCAAUGCACAAUCAUUUCUGAUACACCCACUUACCAAACUGACCAAAUUCAUUCUUGCUUUGCCUGCACUAAUUGAAUAUGUGCAAAUUGUAAAUUUUUUCCACAAAGCAAUAUUUAUAGUGUACAUUGCGUGAGGUUACAUUCAUUGAUAUUCAUAGUCAAUAUCAGUUGCAUGGUCAAAAGUUAAAAUACACAACCUUGUUGAUUUCAAUGGAUUCUGUAUCAUCAGAAGUUGUUAUAAUCUUUGAUACUGUGACACUGUCCCAAGGGCCACUUGAUUAUUAACAAUAAGUUGACACAUUACUUUAACACUUGAAUCAGAGGCGUCCACUCAUUUGACUGUCUUUUUGACAAUACAAGUGUCGUGUUAACAUAUCUAUGUGAAACUUCCAAUGAGUUGGCGCUUCGAAGGCAGCAAAUUCUACUCUUGUUCUUUGAAUCUAACAGUUAAGCUUCUGGUUUUAAUUUACAGCAUGCAUUCUUCUACUUUGCGCCUUUCACACUUAGUUGCAUGAGUCAUUCUCUGAAAGCAAUGAAACCAGAAUAAUGAAUUAAUUACUGUUUAAGAGAGGCUGGCAUAAACUUUCUAAUUUAAUUUUCACAGCACUGCCAAAUCUUUUUGUAUUUUCUAGAAAGUUUUGUUUGUUCCAUGAAUUUAUAUGGUUUGGGGAGACGUCAAGUUUAUACAAUAGCGUUCAUAUUUUAUAAUCAAGAAUUUAGAGAACUGCUCAUGCAUUUCUGUAGCAGAGUUGUGCUCAUACAAAACAAUGCAACACUUAUGGUGAUCAAAUUUAGCUAGCAGUAUAGCUAGCUCAGCUUCUUUAAGCUAACUGUGAUUUUUGAGCACAGCUAAGUCCUAAUAGUGCUUUGUAAAAGGCUAAAGCAUAGAAAAUAAUAUGAAUUUUGGCCAUAUCACAUGAAGUUGUCAACCAGCUAAAACUUACUUCAAUUUCAAGUAAUCACGUUGAAGUGUUUGAUCGAUAUUACAUUCUGAAUACUUUUUUUUUCAAAGUGUAUUAUAAUUGACUUUGCUCUAUUAUCUCUCUUUUUUAAAUUUACUAACUAAAGCUAGAUUAGUAAUUAAAAGUUUACUUUUGUUGGUUGACAGCUACUUUUCAUUUAUGGAAGCUGAUCAAAAAUAUUUGUUUCCUCUCAUCUAUGCACUGUGUCUGUUAUUCAGGUUUUCAAUUCCACAAAUUAAAUACAGUCUGUUGCACAAUGUGCUCUGCUAAA